AUGUGUCUAUUUGUUGUUUCUGCUCGGACGUUGCAGUCGGGUAAGCAAUUACUGCGGGCUGGCCGGUCGCGUUGGCGAGGUGGUAUCUUAAAACGAGUGUCUUUUUAUGUGUCUUCCUCUAGAUUGCUGCAGCCUGCUAAACUGGCAUCAUCGCUCAGCUCCUGUCUUAAUCCCGCAGAUAUUCCCUUUAAGAAUAUUGCUGCAACCUUGGGUUUCUGCGGUAGAGGCCGAUUCGUGGAAGAGAUGACGCCCGCAUUUGUGUUGCCGCCCGUGCCACCCGAUAUCCAGUAUAUUGAUCCUUCUGCGCGUGCGGAACUCAUCUAA